GUGGUGGUGGCGGUGGCGGCGGCGGCGGUGGCGGCGGCGGCGGUGGCGGUGGCGGUGGGAGCAGCGACGAGCUGAAUGGUCUUAAAAUGGUUGAACCAAUGGAAGAAGGGGAACCAUAUUCCUACCAUCAGGAUGAAGAAAAUAUUAAAGAAAUUCCUAUUACCCACCAUGUAAAAGAAGGAUGUGAGAAGGCAGAUCCUGCUCAGUUUGAGUUACUCAAAGUUCUUGGUCAGGGAUCAUUUGGAAAGGUUUUUCUUGUAAAGAAGAUCAUCGGUCCCGAUGCUGGGCAGCUUUAUGCAAUGAAAGUAUUGAAAAAAGCAUCUUUAAAAGUUCGAGAUAGAGUUCGUACAAAGAUGGAGAGGGAUAUACUUGUAGAAGUAAAUCAUCCAUUUAUUGUCAAAUUGCACUAUGCCUUUCAGACUGAAGGGAAGCUGUAUUUAAUAUUGGAUUUUCUCAGGGGAGGAGAUGUAUUUACAAGAUUAUCCAAAGAGGUUAUGUUUACAGAGGAAGAUGUGAAAUUCUACCUCGCAGAACUUGCCCUUGCUUUGGAUCAUCUGCACAGUCUGGGGAUUGUGUACCGGGACCUGAAGCCAGAAAACAUUUUGCUUGACGAAGCAGGACAUAUCAAGUUAACAGAUUUUGGACUCAGUAAAGAAUCUGUAGACCAAGAAAAGAAGGCCUACUCAUUUUGUGGUACAGUUGAAUACAUGGCUCCUGAAGUAGUAAACAGGCGAGGCCAUUCCCAGAGUGCCGAUUGGUGGUCAUUUGGCGUGUUAAUGUUUGAAAUGCUCACUGGUACUCUGCCUUUUCAAGGGAAAGACAGAAAUGAGACCAUGAAUAUGAUAUUAAAAGCAAAACUUGGAAUGCCUCAGUUUCUUAGCCCUGAAGCACAAAGUCUUCUAAGGAUGCUAUUCAAAAGAAAUCCUUCAAAUAGAUUAGGAGCUGGUUCAGAUGGUGUUGAAGAAAUCAAAAGACAUCUUUUCUUUUCAACUGUUGACUGGAAUAAAUUAUAUAGAAGAGAAAUUCAACCUCCAUUCAAACCUGCUUCUGGAAAACCAGAAGAUACUUUUUGUUUUGAUCCUGAAUUUACUGCAAAAACACCCAAAGAUUCUCCUGGAGUUCCACCCAGUGCUAACGCGCAUCAGCUUUUUAAAGGAUUUAGCUUUGUUGCAACUUCUGCCAUAGAAGAUCAGAAAAUUUCUCCCCUCACAAAUAUAUUGCCAAUAGUACAGCAACUACAUGGAAGCAGUGCACAAUUUAAUGAUGUGUAUGAACCAAAGGAGGAUAUUGGUGUUGGCUCCUAUUCUGUUUGUAAACGAUGUAUACACACAGCUACCAACAUGGAAUUUGCAGUCAAGAUAAUUGACAAAAGUAAAAGAGACCCCUCUGAAGAAAUUGAGAUUUUGAUGCGUUAUGGACAGCACCCCAACAUCAUCACUUUAAAGGAUGUCUAUGAUGACGGCAGAUAUGUUUACCUUGUUACUGAACUGAUGAAGGGAGGAGAACUACUUGAUCGUAUCCUCAGACAAAAAUUUUUUUCAGAACGGGAGGCUAGUGAUGUCCUGUAUGUAAUAACUAAGACAGUUGACUACCUUCACUGUCAAGGAGUGGUUCAUCGAGACCUUAAGCCUAGUAAUAUUUUAUAUAUGGAUGACUCGACUAAUGCUGAUUCUAUUAGGAUCUGUGAUUUUGGGUUUGCUAAACAACUUCGAGGAGAAAAUGGACUUCUCUUAACUCCAUGCUAUACUGCCAACUUUGUAGCACCUGAGGUUCUCAUGAGGCAAGGUUAUGAUGCUGCUUGUGAUAUUUGGAGUUUGGGUGUCCUGUUUUACACGAUGCUGGCCGGAUAUACUCCUUUUGCUAAUGGUCCCAAUGAUACUCCUGAAGAAAUCUUGUUACGGAUAGGUAGUGGAAAAUUCUCUCUAAGUGGUGGCAACUGGGAUACUGUUUCAGACACGGCAAAGGAUUUGCUAUCCCACAUGCUUCACGUCGACCCACAUCAACGGUAUACUGCUGAACAAGUAUUAAAACACUCAUGGAUAGCCUGUAGGGACCAGCUACCGCAUUAUCAGCUCAACAGACAAGAUGCACCCCAUCUAGUAAAGGAACCCAAGUCUACUGAGUUCAACUGUAACCUGCCUCCUUCCUCCUACCCAGGAGCGAUGGCUGCUACAUACUCUGCAUUGAAUCACAAGACCUUUCAGCCAGUCUUAGAGCCUGUCGCCGCUUCGAGUUUAGCUCAACGGAGGAGCAUGAAAAAGCUAACAUCCACAGACUUACUGGGUGAAGUAGCCAGUGGUUCCAAGGGAGAGGAGAGCCUAAUCUGCCACCCAAGAAAAACAGCAAGAGAAGAACCAAAAAGAAGAAACCCCGAAAUUAUACAACAUAAUUCAAAGCAGCAAAAACAGAACAUGAGCGGAACAAUCCAGCCGAGUGAAUUUGUAACCAGCACCAUUGAAGAGCCACAGAAUCAUCCUCAAGUGGCCGAAGCAGCUGCUGACAUGCAGGCAGUAGCUCAUGUGGAAGAAGAAAUAAGACCCGAGAUCUCAAGAGAUGGCAUCACCUGGAUAAAGGAUUCAGUGAAGGAAUUUGAGCAAGAAUUGAAAUUAGUGAGAAAAUGCCACGUGCAAAUAAAAGAAGAGCUGGCAGAAAUGAAAGAGUCCCGGGAAGAACUGGUGCUUGAAUUUGAAGAUGCCAAGAAAGGUCAUCAAGAACUUCUUUCAAAGAUGACAGAUAUGGAAUGCAGAAUCGAAACUGUGAAAGAACUAAUUGAUGUAGCCAACGAAAGACUUAGUGCCAUGGAAACCAAGAUCACCGAAAACAUAUUAGAAGUAGAAAAAGAAUCUGAAAAAACGAGUGAGCUGCUGAAAGAGUUAGAGAAGAUUCAGCAACAAGUGAAAGACCUAGAAGCUAAAUCCAAAUACAGUAUCAGUGACAUCUUGGAAAACUUUUAAGCGAUUUCUGUUUGGCAGUAGCAUUUCUUGAGAUUAGUAUAUUCUCAUCAGUAACACAGUCUCUCGAGCAUCAAGCUUAGUUAUCUUAGCAUCAGUUCAUCUUACAGUAAAUGAUCCAGUCGCUUCAGUUCUCUGAUUGAUAAAGUUAAAUGACUCUUGAUGUCAUGUUUUUUCUUGCAAUGUUUAAGAAAUAAAAAAAUAUAAAGUUAAAAAUAA